AUGCACCGCGCUGUCUCCAACCAGCGCUCGGUCUCCUCCUCCUCGGGCUCCUUCCAGCCGCCGCCACCGCCGCCGCUGCCGCACGCCGCCGACCGGCAGCCUCUCUUUCCGGGGGGUUCCAGCAGCGGCGGCAGCCGGCGGGGCUCGGGUUCGAGCUCGGGCUCUGCGCGGGCCCGCCGCCCCCGCAGCAGCACCGAGGAGGAGGAGGAGGAGGAAGAAGAAGAGGAGGAGGAGGACAGCAUCAGCAUCAGCAAGCCCCUGGUGCCGCCGCCCGCCGCCCCGCUGCCGGCCGCCGCCUCGCCGCUCCCCAGCAGCAGCAGUAGCAGCGGCAGCGGCGGCGGCGGGAGCCCGGGCCGCAGCAUGACGGCGGCGGAGCUGUACGGGGGCGGUGGCGGCCGGCGGCGGGGCGGCGGCCGGCGGGGCGGCGGCGGGGCACUGCUGGGGCCCGGAGGGGCGGCGGGCGGGCGGCGCUGGGGCUUCCAGGCGCUGUCCCUGGUGCUGCUGCUAGGGCAAGGUGCGCUGCUGGACCUCUACCUGAUCGCCGUAACCGACCUGUACUGGUGCAGCUGGAUCGCCACCGACCUGGUGCUGGCGGCCGGCUGGGGCAUCUUCUUCUGCCGCAACAGCCGGGCGCGCCCGGGAGCGGCCCCCGCCGCCCCCCGGGCCGCCGCCGCCGCACCCGCUGCUGCUGCACGGUCCCCCGGCGGCCGUGGGGCCGGGGGUCGCGGGGCCGGGGCCCCCCCCCGCGGCGGGGACUUCGCCUACGCGCACCUCGCCUGGCUCAUCUACUCCAUCGCCUUCACGCCCAAGGCGGCGCUGAUCCUGGGCACCUCCAUCCUGGAGCUGAUCGAGCUGCGCCUGCCGCUGGGCAUCACCGGGUUUCGCAUCACGCUGGCGCUCUCCGCACCGCUGCUGUACUGCCUGCUUAGGGCCAUCGGCACCGAGGGCACGGGGCAGCUGCUCCUGCCGCCUCAGCCGCCGCCGCAGCACCGCGCCGCCGCCGCCUUCCUCGCCACCUGCCUCGACCUGCUCGACAGCUUCUCCCUGCUGGAGCUGGUGCUGCAGCCCGGGCGGCCGGCGCCGCUCCCCGCCCCGCUGCGCUACCUCCUCAUCGCCGUCUACUUCCUCUGCCUGGCCUCGCCGGUGCUGUGGCUUUACGAGCUCAGCGCCGCCCGACCCCCCGGCGCUGCCCGCCUCGCCCUCCACCUCUUGCUGCCCGCCGGGCUGCUGGACGCCCCGCUCCUGGCGCUCCGCUGCCUCCUGCUCCUACGCUACCAGCAGCCGCUCUCCCUCUUCAUGCUGAAGAACCUCUUCUUCCUGGCCUGCCGCGGCCUGGAGGCGCUGGAAACCUGCUGCCUCCUGCGCCCCGUCGCUGCCCCGCCGCCCGCCAAAUACGGCCCCUCCACCGCCGCCCCCGCCGCCGCCGCCCCGCUGGCCCACGGUCUCUCCGACGCCGACGUGGGCCCCCACGGGUACGUGAACGCCUUGGCGGUCACCGCCCAGGGCUGAACCGGUUUCCCACGGCCGCCGCCUCCGGGUCCGCUCCCGGCAGAGUCUCUCUGCGUUUCUGCUCAGGUUCCUGCCGCCGCGGCCGAGCAGGGAGAAGGGGACGCGGACGCCCCGGCAGGACCCUCGCUCUCCUCCUCUCUUUCCCGCGAACAAAUCCAGCAGCGGCAGCUCAGCGCAAUCCAGACUACCUUCAAGAGGCUUCGGCUGACGCUCGUCCUCGGAAAACGCACCUCCCUUCGUGAUGGGUCGUCUUCUACCCCUUCUGCCUCUCCGCCUGUUUGGAGGGUCCCACUCUUCCCUUCCUGCUCCCCGUCAGGACAUCGUGUUGCUUUGUGCCCAUAACCGUUUAGUUUAACCUUUUCUUUCUCGACAGCGGGGACCGGUAGAUUUUGUCCCUUCGUUUGAGAACUCCUCCUGACCACAAAGAGGAGCGGUGAGAGGGGUCUGACCAGCAGAGCCGUGCCUUUGUGGCGUGGGCGGGACAGAAGGAAGCACGUUUUGGUUUCGCUAGGUCUCGUCGCCAGCAGCAGAGCUACAGCAGGCUGUCGUGUACCGACUGGGGAACAUCUGGGAGCAAGCUGGGCGGCUCAAAGCCUAGGAGCCACUUUCUCCAUGCCAAAAAAUGUCUACCUCUGUGCUUCGAUAUUUUGCAUCUUCUUCACAGGCUAAAGAAACACACGAACAUGGCGUGGACAUAAUCUAGGGGUUCAGACCCCAUUUUACAACUCCUCCCCUCCCCCCCCCC